AUAAAUACCGGAAGAGGCGAAUUGGGGUUGACGGAUUGACGCCGCAGACAAAGGGAGAGAGCGCGCAGGAGCAGCGAUCGAACGAGAGAGAGAGAGAGAAGAAAUGGGUUGGAUUGCAGACAGCGUGGAAUCCAUCAGAUCUUUGCAGAUCAGGCAGGUCCUCAACCAGAUCGUGAGCCUUGGUAUGAUUGUGACGUCGGCCCUCAUCAUAUGGAAAGGACUGAUGUGUGUCACCGGAAGUGAAUCGCCCGUUGUGGUCGUUCUCUCCGGAAGCAUGGAACCUGGAUUCAAGAGGGGUGACAUUCUAUUCCUCCACAUGAGUAAGGAUCCCAUUCGAACUGGGGAAAUUGUUGUAUUCAAUGUUGAUGGUCGGGAAAUUCCAAUUGUUCAUCGUGUAAUUAAGGUUCAUGAGAGACAGGACAGUGAAGAAAUUGAGAUUCUGACAAAAGGAGAUAAUAACUUUGGUGAUGAUAGACUGCUCUAUGCUCAUGGACAGCUCUGGCUUCAGAAACAUCACAUCAUGGGUCGAGCUGUAGGGUUUUUACCUUAUGUUGGUUGGGUGACAAUCAUCAUGACUGAAAAACCAAUAAUUAAGUACUUGCUGAUUGGGGCACUGGGAUUGCUGGUUAUAACCUCCAAGGAGUAGUAGCAAACAGUUGGAGAUACAAUCUUUGUUCAUUGUCUGCUUCUGAAAAUAUUUUACAUGAGAUUCGUAGAAGGCAGGCUAUUGACAUGUUCCAUGUGUCAAAAAAAUGUUGGCGAUUUACCUUUUGUUAUUUUCCAAAUGAAAUACGACUAGUGUUUAAAACAUGAGGAAAUUUUACUUGGCC